AUGUCAAAGAUUUUAGGCGAAGGAGAUGUUCGAAAGACCGGUAGAGCGUGUGUCAUUGUGGAAAAAACACAAGGACGAUUAGUUGAUUUACCUGAUAGUGCACUUCGGUUGAAUUAUGAAAAGAAGUAUUAUGAGCCUGAACAUGGUGAUCAUAUAAUUUUCUCUGCUCAACUUCAAAAUGGUAGAUAUUGUGCGGUGGCUGCUAUUCGGCCUUCCGAUCUUCUUCAAUCAUAUGGAACUUUAUCUUAUGUUGAUGAAAAUUUAAAGUUUGCACAUGUUGCAAUUAAUGGAAAAACUGCCAAAGUGUUUGUUCCUUUUUCAACAAGAACUGUAAACGGAGCAUGUUGGUACGGGAACGGUGCAAUUGUUGAUAAACCAUAUCACGUCUAUAUGUUCCGACAAGAAGAGUCCCAUGGAUGCAAAUAUGUGGCUUGGGCUAUUUUUGAUGACAAUCGGAAACUAGCCAAUUUACCACCUGCUCACUUGGAUAUUCAUCAAUCGCCACAAAUGAAGAAGUUAGGAGCACCUAAUGCGGUUCAACGACAAUCGGAUCAUCAAUCUGUAGAAUUUGUUAAAAGUCAGUGGGGCGUAAUUUAUGAUGUUUCUGAUACUUUUGUGGUAUCGGUGACGUCACCCACAUGUCAGAACGUCGAGUUUGCUCCAUCCCUGUACGAAACAUGGAUGACACCGGGGCGCUUCAUGACGUUUGACGGCCGCAGAGUGUCUGAUGUUAAGACAUCCAAGUUGAUGGGAAGUAAUCCAGAGGAUAUGGGAUCGGUAUAUCAAAUCAGAAAGCUAGGUCCGCUUACAAUGAGUAUCAGUGCCGUGUUUAACAAAGUAUCACAUGGGAAAGCUGGUUGGGCAUGGAAUGAUCAUGUCGGAAGAAUUUACGUUCCAUGGAACUGUGGUGACAGAUACAUUCAAGCAUCGAAACCCCUUCCUUUCACUCCAGUUCAUUUGGAGAUUGCUUACAAUGGAAAACAUGACGAUAUCCCAUGGGUAGCAUGUGGAGCUUCACUUUGCGAAGAGCAUGAAUUCGAUGAUGUCUUUGAUGAAAACUCACGAAUGUUGAGAACUGAAGACAAUUGGAAGAUUCACUCAAUAGUUGAUGGACCUGAAAAUCCAAGCAUCUUCUUACAAAAGAAUGAUGAGAACGGGCGCAAAAGAUGUGCUUUCGCAAAAGUGAUUGAUCUGAACUCAGGAAAUAUUCCGGAUGCUGGAACACUCGUUCGUAUCACUUAUUAUGCCCAGGAGCGUCACGGAAGACAUGCAAUGCGAUGUGUUCUGGUGACUUCAAUGGAAAAAGUUGAACGCUUGCCGAAAACGCAUUUAGUUCACAACGGAAGCUUAGUUAAGCAUUUUCCACCAUCGUAUGAGCAACCGACACCGACAAAGAAAGUGGCUCCCGAACCAGCCAAGAGAGUUCAAGCUGCUCCGCCUCCAACAAAGAAUUGCUGGAACUUGAAAAAUCUCGGAACCCCCAAUACUCAGCCAUCAGUUCAAGAUUUCCCAUCCGUAACUGGAGAGGAUGAAAAGGAAAAUUACCCGGAGGUUAUCACUGAAACAGAAGUUCAACAGCCUUCAGCUAUGCCACCACCACCGCCGGGACUCGAACCACCACCAGGUCUUCAAGUUCCACCGGGUCUCUCGGUUUCCGCAUUAUCUUAUGCAAUGGACUUCCAAAAUGAGUAUAGAUCCAUUCUUCCAACUUCUGCUAUCUCACGUUCUACAAACGGGAUGGGAUCAUCAGUUUGGAGUGGAACUCCUGCUGAGAGUAAACCUGAUGAACCGACAUCAUUCUUCUCAAACGAAAACAUGUUUCACCCUGGAUUUGGCCCCCUCAAUUCGGCUUUCUCUCCAUCUGGUGACGUUUUCUUCAACGAACUUGGAGCAACCAUUUCGCAACCAUCUACUUCAAGCGUCGCGAAUUCAGGAGUUGUCAGUGAUUUACGCAAUACUCAGUCGGAAGCAUCUUCACCUGGUUUGAAGUCAGAUGUUAAUGAGCCAGUAGAAGAGCAAACAAAUUGUUGGUCAAGCUUCGAGCCUCCAUCAAACACCAAUACAUACAGUGGAUCUUUUUCGUUUGGUUUUCCUCACGUAGAUCUUCCAAUUUAUCAAAGAAUGAUGCCACAUUCCAAUGAAAUCUUGAUGACAACACCAGCAGCUGAAAAUGGAGUAGAAACAACACCAUCAGGCUCUGAUACAAACGCCGAUCCGUGUUCAUGUGGAACAGAGCAACUAAUUUGGGAUCUGUGGCAAAAUCCCCGUUUCAUAGCUGCAUUUUCCGCCAGUGAUCCAGAAACAUUCAAACGUAUCAAUGCGAAACGUCAAACAUUUUCCUCGGUUAACCGCCAUUAG